AUUUUUGUAGUUAUUCGUGGCCAGUGCUUCGCAAGUGAAGGAGUGUCGUUGUGAAUCAAAAUGAAAUCCCUAGUUUUAGCUUUUGUCAGUUUACUGGCAAUUUAUUCUGUAAAUUGUGAAGUGUUUUUCGAAGAGAAAUUCCCCGAUGACUCAUGGGAAUCCAAAUGGGUAUACAGUGAGCACCCUGGGAAGGAGUUCGGCAAGUUCAAAUUGACUGCUGGAAGCUUCUACAACGACCCCGAAGAAGAUAAAGGUCUAAAGACAUCAGAAGAUGCCAGGUUCUACGCUCUGUCUACUAAGUUCAAGCCGUUCAGCAACGCAGGCAAGCCUCUAGUGAUCCAGUUCUCCGUGAAACAUGAGCAGGAGAUCGACUGCGGUGGUGGCUACAUCAAGGUGUUCGACUGCAAGUUGGACCAGAAGGACAUGCACGGAGAGUCCCCCUACGAGAUUAUGUUCGGCCCUGACAUCUGCGGUCCUGGUACCAAGAAGGUCCACGUGAUCUUCAGCUACAAAGGCAAGAACCACCUCAUCAAGAAAGACAUCCGCUGCAAGGACGACAUCUACACCCACUUGUACACGCUGAUCGUGAAGCCCGACAACACCUAUGAAGUCCUCAUCGACAACGAGAAGGUCGAGUCUGGUGACUUGGAAGCCGACUGGGACUUCCUCCCGCCUAAGAAGAUCAAGGACCCCGAAGCCAAGAAGCCCGAAGACUGGGACGACCGCGCCACCAUCCCCGAUCCCGACGACACCAAGCCCGAAGACUGGGACAAGCCAGAANAGCCAGAGCACAUCCCCGACCCCGAUGCUGCCAAGCCUGACGACUGGGACGAUGAGAUGGACGGCGAAUGGGAACCUCCCAUGAUCGACAACCCAGAGUACAAGGGCGUGUGGGCUCCUAAACAGAUCGACAACCCUGCGUACAAAGGCCCCUGGAUCCACCCAGAGAUCGACAACCCUGAAUACACGCCUGACGCGAACUUGUACAAGCGGGAUGAGCUUUGCGCGGUCGGUCUUGACCUGUGGCAGGUCAAGUCUGGCACCAUCUUCGACAACUUCCUGUUCACAGACGACCCGGAAGCCGCUAAGGAGAGGGGAGAACAGCUCAAGAAAACUUUGGAAGGAGAGAAGAAGAUGAAGAGUCAGCAGGACGAGGCUGAGAGAGAGAAAGAGAAAGCAGAGAAGCCUGAUGAUGAAGACGACGAGGACCUCGACGACGAGGCGGGAGACGCCGCGCCUGUGGAGGAGCACGACGAGCUGUAAACAUGACAAGUGUCAGAGACAAUAUACCCUCGGGUAGUGUGUGUGGGGCCGUGCAUAUAACAUAGCAAUGUUAGGAUCAUCUUUAGUUUGUGCGCAGAAUUGUGUGUUCCAGUCUUUAUUUAUGGGGCGUUUGCUCGAAAUAUUCCAUGUCGGACCUGUUAUGUCUGAGCACUGAUGUGUGUGUACAUAUUGAUAGGGCGCUCAAUGAUGUGGCUGGUCACUGUACCGUCUCAGACCGUUAUGACGUAGCACGAACAAACGUUGUGAACGCUGUCUCGAUAGAUGUCGCUGUUCGCUAUUUUUGGUUGUGCUACGUGCAUUUUCUUUACAAGUACCGAUCUGAGAGUGUGACCAGUCGCGUCGUGUUUUUAUUAUAUUUGAAGUUGUUUUGCGGCACUGUGUGUCGCGUAGUGAUCGGGUUUGUUUUACAGUGUGAGUGCUUAGCCUAAUGUUUUGUAUGUAUUCGACU